UCAUCACAGCAUUUGCUUCAUGCUCUCUGGAACGUGUCUUCAUUCAUUCUGACCGAGUCUGAGGGUUCAACUCGGGCUCUUCCAGAAUGGCCACGACGUCAAACUUCUCAAAAUGUACUCUUGGACCAGCAGAGCCAAACCAUCCGAGUUCUCUCGCACCUUCCCACUUUCCAGUUGAAUAUUUUCCACCCACCUUCAGACCAGACAGUAAAAGACAAUGAGGAUCAUGGUAUUUGGAGUGGCCAGGUAGACCUUGGCCAUGGAGUGCAAGUGGGAAAAAUGGCAUAUGACUCCAUCAAGCACUCACCAAAGGACACAAUCUUUGUGCAUGAUCUAGCUAGUUGCAAUAUGGGGGACAGACACCCUGAUGGAGGAUUCUGCUACUGGAAAGGGCUACCCAGCUGUGAAGAAUCAAGUUUGACAAAUCCCCCAAAGCCCGGAAGAAGGAGAGGCUCAAUUGUUCCUCAAGAAGAAGUGGUGGUUUGCUCGGAGCGAGAUCUGGAGGAAGCGGGCGUGGAAGGGGAGUGUGGAGGGCCGGAGGUAGAUGGCGCGGGGAUGGCG